GUUGGCGCAAAUCCAACAUGGCAGACCAAAGGGAAACUGACAGACUUUCUGAAGUUGUGGCCAUCGGGCUAAAUGCCAUUGACAACACUGUCUCAACAGAGAGUAGGCCAGGGGCUAUAAUGGUGGAGUCGGUGUUUGACAGAACACUAAGGGCGUUUUCACGUCACCGUUCGGCACCUGGUCCUUCACAGAGGAAAAAGAAGGGGGAAAUUCCAAAAGAACUAACCUUUCACCUCUUUUUACUUGCUAAAAGGUCAGAUUUUCUGCCGCCAACAACAGAGUUGGACAGGCUAACAAGAAAUGGACUGGGUGUGUAUGAUAUUUCAGUCUCUUAUCCAUAUUUUUAUCUUAGAUUGCAUAUAUUCAUUAUCCCACACAGCAAUACAGAGUGGUAG